AAUUGAGCCCGUCCUUGUACAAUGUGUUAACGCCACAAGGUUCUGGACAUUCGUCACACCUUACAUAGACACUAUUAGUGAACAGAAGGUACAGCUGACCAACUCAAUGAAACUACUUGGCAUCACAGAGCUACAAAAAGACGGACUAAACCAAGUUAAACGCCAACUGGUAAACUGGUUACUAACAACAGCACGGUGUGCUCUUCACAAAUCUGCCGUAGACUAUAGGGUGCGAGCGGAAAUUGUACCGCCUCGAUCACUCUUCGUCGCAGCCGCAAAAAGCCACAUAAUGUACGAAUACAAACGUGCAAUCAAACGACGCCAACUGCAACAAUUUGAAGACCAAUGGUGCACUAACGAGGCGCUAGCAAGAGUUGUAAAUGAAGAACUGUUAAUGAAACUAUGAAGAAAAUCAACACAAAUAACAUUCAGUUAAUUCAAAUGAAAACACGGAAAAACUAAACAUAAACUAGAUUAUGAAAUCAAACAAAUUGUACAAAUGUAAAUAAAGUUAUUAAGAAAAAAAACCGGUUCUCGUCUGAUCACCGAAGUUAAGCCUGGUCGGGCGAAGUUAGUACUUGGAUGGGUGACCGCCUGGGAAUACUUCGUGUUGUAGACUUUCACUUUUGCUAG